CUCUAUAUCUCAACAAUUACAAUCGUACAAUGAACAACAAUGCCCACAUUGGAUUAAAAAAACGGGGUUCAGUUCAAAGUAAAGUAAAGAUCAACUUUCGAUAUCAAUAUCACAAUAAAAUAUUCAUUUUGUGAUGACGUCAGAUGUUAAAAUUUUUAUUGAUCUAGUUUAUCAGGUUAGUAAAUAUUAAGAUUGAUAUUUUUAUAAUGAUAUACAAGACCAAUUGUUUUAUAGAAAAUAGACAUCUGUAUUAUGUGAUGAUAUGCAGUUUGAGUUGGUAACGUUGUAAUGUGUCAUUGUCAUUUUCAUGCUCAAACGUGAUUGGCUGUGCUAUGUAGCAGCUAUCCUAUUUCUGUUCGAGUGGGAGGGGAUAUUGGAUAGAAUUAGAAAGUGAAACGUCAUUAUAGUUAUAGCAUUUUAAAAUACAAGAUUCCAAAACUCGAACUCAAUCAUCAAAAGGGUUUACGUAAGGGACUUCAAAUCAUAUUGUCGACAAGUACCCACUUACUAAACUUACUAGUUAUUUCAAUGGGCCUUUUUUUUUUUAAUACAAAAAUCAUAACACUAACACUAACAUACACAUUAUCUAAUAAUAGACUGAUUUUUUAAAAUAUAUAAUUUAUAUUAUAGAAUUAUACCAUUGAAUGUAACUGUUUAAGUAGUCGAAUAAACUAAAUUACUAAUUAACUCUUUAGUCUUUAGUGUCAAGUCAAUAAUUUUAAACAUGAUUUUUUUGUUGUUGUUAUUGUUAAGUCCCUAAAUCUAAACAGAGAAAGAUAUAUAAAUAAAACAAAAAAUGUAUAGAUCUAGAAAUAAUUUAAUUUGUUCAAAUAUAGCCCACUUAAUAAGAUGGAGGUUCAAGGUGAUGGAGUGUUUCUUUUCACAGUGCAAAAACAAAAUUAAACUAAGAUUAAGAUUUAUAUUAUACAUUAUAAAUUAUACAUCAUAAUAUUAAUAUUAAAUAUUACGUAGGUUGUUCAUUUAAUUUUUAUUAGAUUAAAUAUUAUUUAUUAAAUGAUUUAGCUUCUUAAAUUAACACAUUUUAAUUUAGAUUUUUUAGAUGGUGGCUAUGGACCAUGGACAUGGUGGAUAUGUUUUUUUUUUCCACUUAAUAAAUGUAUUAAUAUAGUAUGACACUAUUAAAAAAUUCAAGACUAUUGAUUUAAAAUUUUUAUAAGUAUUAAAUUUAUCAAAAAGCCUGUAGCCCUAAAUAGCCUUCUGUGAAGGCCCUACUGUUCUUGUAUUUGAAAUUAAAUCUCUAAGACCUUCUUCAAAUUAAAAUGAGUGUAUCUAAAAUAAGUGGAUAAGUAUGUUAAAACAGCACAUCCAACAAAUAACUGGCCAGUGGUACCAUCAACAUGUCAUGUGGAAAAAACCUUAGGACUUAGGUUUGGCUCAAUAAUAUUAUGUGAAAACAGCUAAAAUUAGUUUCAAAGGAGCGUCAAUGUUUAGUGGUGUUAAGGGGGAUGUUAUGCCCUAUAUUUUUUUUAUUUUUUGUCCCUUCCAUAUUAAGUUUUAGAUUCUGUUUAUGUGGUUUUGAUUAUUCCUAAAUCAUUUAAGACAGUUACAUAAGGCACAUUAAGUUUAGUAAAGAUAUCUACCAUAUUCUGUGGUUGAAAUCAUAAAUAGAGUUAUAGUAUUAAUAUCUCUGUUAUAUGCUUCCUGUCUAUCUUAUAGUGUUGCAUAAUGGUAUUUUUAAAUUGAGUUUUUCAUAUUUUGGUUAAAAUAUAAGCAUUCUAUGCCGAAUAUUAAAUUUCUUGUAAUUUUUCCUCUGAAAUUAGUUGGUGAACCAUUUCAUUGUAGCAGAUGCAAGAUGGCAUGCUUAUCCCAAAAAAUGGUAGAUGAACACACCUGUGGGAACUCAUCAUUUGAUAUCCAAAAGGUGAAGACAGAAAUUUGUGAUCAAGUGUUAGAAAUGUGCACAGCUGAUGCAUCAGAGAAUAAUUCACACCCAUUAACUGCAGGCAGGUCUCUUUUGAAUGCAGUAAAAAGGGAAAUAAAGGAAGAACCAAAAGUUAUACAAACUGCUUUGGAAAUUACCAAACAAAAACAGUGGAGAAGAAGUAAGAAAAAAACAUAUGUUCAAACUUCUGUGAACAUUGCACCAAAACUAAUGCCAGCAGUCAAUAUAAUCGAUCCUGCUGUAGCAUCUCUCACGUUGGCUGCUCAGUCUGAAAGAAAAAACGCUCUGUUGAAACCAAAGAAUUCUGUUAGUGAAUCUAACAUCAGAAUUGAACAAGUUUUUUAUACUGAUCCAAAUCAACACCAAAAUCGUGAGAGACAAGUACCUUUUGGUCCUGCAGUUCUGACUAAGAAUCUCACAUUGACAAACACAACUAACUGUGAUACAUUUUCGUCCUUACCAACUAACAUGCUCAGCAACACAAACAUGCUCAGCAACACAAACAUGCUCAACAACACAAACGUGCUCAGCAACACAAACGUGCUCAGCAACACAAACAUGCUCAGCAACACAGUUGUGCCAAAUUUACAACAAAGCUCUUUUUUACUAGGGAGCAUUAAUUCUGUACAGCAUAUGAGCUCACUACAGCCUCCAAAUAUCAUUCAAGGUUUGCAAAAUAUAAAUUUUGUUCCAGGGGUUCAGGGUUUCCAGUGUUUAAACCUGACUCAAAAUACCUCACUGGCUCUGCACCAAACAUAUACACAAGAAGUGAACCAAUCAGCACGUGAGCCAGUUGUGGGUAUUCAAGCAUCACCAAGUUUUCCAAUACUUCUUGGUAAUCAAAUUUUCUUGGUGGACGCUGCAACAUUGCAACAUAUAAAUUCUGGUCCAGCUGGAAGCAUGCAGCCUCCUGUUGUGUUCACAGAUUCACCUGCAGUUUCAUCAUUAAAUCAAACCUCCACUAGCCCUGAUAAAAGUAUGUCCAUGGACAAAGAAAGCAAUUUUUUUACAGAGAAAUUUAGAUAUAAAGCUUCAGAAAAGAGGAAGAGAUCAGACAGAAAAGUUUCUGCAUUAAAACCAGCUACAGAAGAUUUAGUAAGUAGAACUUCUGAUAAUUUACUGGUACAUGACUCCAAAUCAAAAGUUAAUAAUAAAAUGAUAGUCAAUGCAUCAAAUAAUCUGCCUAUCCAGAAUGAAGCUGCCAAAGCUAUUGCAAAGAAUUCAUCAAAAGUUAUCACUGAUAAUAAACUAACUUCAACUUCCAAUUUUACAACCAGCAACUUAGUGAAACAAACUGAGCAAAUGUUUAAUUCUCUUAAUCUACCUAUUUCCAGUAAUGUGUCUCAAAGCCCAAUGGUUAAUCCAUUGGUACAGCAGACAUCUUUCAUUCUUCCACAUCAGCCAAAUGCUAAUUUUUUACCAACCACAUAUCCAUUCUCUGGUAAUUUUCUAAAUCUUGUAAAUAACCCAGGACUAAUAAUAUCUAAUGCACAUAAUGAUUUCCAAAGAUCUAUUCAAGACCAAAAUAUCCCUAUUCAGAAUAUUACAAAUAGCAAUUGCUCAAUAACAGGAAACAUUGCUAUAGUUUCAUCUGUAAGUAAUCCUCUCAAUGUGCAACCUGGAUUGCUAAGCAGUCAGGCCACAACUGUCAAAACCACAUUUGUUUCCAUCUCACCAAAAGUUGUGCCAUCUACAGCUAAGAAUAAAGAAGAACCAGCCUCAGGCAUGGUUGUGCCAACAAGAAUUUUCCCUAAAGCAUUAAAAUCUUUCACACUUUGUAAUAAGGAAUCACUAAAAAUAAAUGAAGAACCUCCAGCUACUACCAGUAAUUUAUUUAAAAGUAACAACUCCAGGAAGAUGGCCUCAAAGUUUGGUCCAAAUACACCAAAUGCCAGGUCUGCAGUCCGCAUCAAGCAACUAAAAAAAAACCGAGACAUUCCGAUGCCAAUCAAACCUCUCGAUAAGUCAUCUAAGACAUCAGAAAGCUUAAAAGUACUCUCUGUUGGUGAUAAAAUGAUGCUGCCAACAUUGACAGGCCUGCAGCCUGAUCUCCAGGACCUGUUUGACAAAGAAUUUGGAGGGGGCAGCACUAGUCAAAGUGGACGAGUUCUAGUUGGCCCCCUCACAAAGACAGAACUUGAUGAAAUUAUGAAAAAUCCAGCUGAGCUUAAAAAAUAUGUAAACAUUCCUACUGAUCAGGUUGUCAUUGCAUCAAAAGCUCUAGCUGUUUCUAACAUGUCAAAAAGUUGUUAUCCGUUUGAUACUAAUUCUAAGCUGCUUCAAGGUCUUCCUAAUGACCAAGGUGCACCUAUUAAAAUAGUUGACACUUGUUCCAAAUUUAUACAAGUUCUUCCUAAAACUGACAAAACCAUGCUUUCUACUUCAGCAGAACCUUCAGACAGCAUAUCUUUCCAUUAUAAAACUACAAAUGACGGUGGUCAAGUAUUGAUGGAACAAAAUCAAGUUUCCAUUCCUAGUUCUGAAUCCACUGCACGCAGCUCUAAAAGCUCAGACCAAAAGAAACUGGCACCCAAAAUAAAUAUUUCAUCUGUUGUUGAAGAAACAAAAAAGAAAGAAAUUAGGAUUAUGCCUAAAAAAAUUAAUGAAAUAGAAAUUUUAAACAUAGACAGCUCUCAGGCAAAAAGUUACCCAACAUAUGAACUAGCACAUGUCAAACAAGAUCCUUUAAAUGGUGUAAUGAGGCUUUCAUUUGAAGGGGAUAUCAGCCUGCUCAAAGACUCGCUUAGAAGGACUACAGUGCCUCUGCAUAAGUUAUCAUGUGGACUAACGGAUAUUGUCAAAAUAAAAAGGGCUAAGUUUACAUUUGACAGUGUUCCAGUGUAUUCCAAUGUUAAACAGACAGUAACCAUUUUAGACCAGAAUAUUCCAAAAAAGAGAAAACUACUUCAUUGUAGCAAUCAUCCCACACAAAAGCAAUGGGUACCAACAGAAGUGAUUGGUGAUCUGAAAAUGAAUGGUCACAUUUUAGAAGGACCUAUUUGUAACAGAAUAAAAGAUAAUGGAAAAAGGAAAAGUUUGAGAAUAAAUGGAAAACCAAUAUAUAAGUAUACUGACAACGAAAUAUCUUUAUCUGAUGAUGA